AUGGCGGAGGAGGCGCCGACAACACCGGGAACGGACCUGGCGCUGACGGCGCGGUUGGGAGGUCAUGGCGGGGAUGAGGGGUUGGAGGUGAGGUGUGGUAGUCCUGAGCCUGCCACGCCGCGAAAAUCAGCCAUGGCGCGGGCGACCAUCCCGCCUCGGCCCACGGCACGUCCCCGGCUCCCGUCAGCUGCGUUGGUCGGCACUCGUGUGGGGAUUGGGGUGCAGUCUGAGAACUACACCCCGUGGCCUGCGGCACGCAGGUUGGAGCACCUUUUUGCUGAAUUCUGCAUUUCGGAUGGCAAUCCUUUUCCCGCCGUCCUGCCUCUCUUGCGCUUUCAUUUCGCCUCACGCGCCUCGGUCGCAUCCCUAUCGCUACCAGCUUGGCGCCAUCCGUUGGCAUUACAGGCGGCCUCUUGCCUGCCCACACACCUGGCAGAUCUGGCAGACUAUCGACGCAUUCACGACAUUGUGGCCUUUCGGCUGCAACCCUUGCGUUAUAGUGCUUGCCGUCAACAAGCCAAGCGCUUUCUCGGUGCCCACCGAGCCCUUGGCCUUGACCUCGACUUACUCGUUGAUCAUCUCUAUGAAGCAUCCGGACCACCCGCCUCGCCGCUGCUCGAACCAGCAGCCAUGACCAUUGUGCCCACCGACCGCACCGACGUGCAACUACUAGUUCAUGCCCGCGAUGCCUGGGAUCACCAGCUUAGUGUCACUCCUGUUCAGUCAUGGCUUUUGGGCAUGGGUGAUCUUGAUACCAGCGCAGCCAUUACUCGAGCAAGGCCAUCACCGCACGAUGGGGCUAGCGUUGCCCUGGUAUUCGACGACGGUGUUCGGCUGUGGCAGCCUGCACGCGUUGGCGACUCUGACGACGUGGUUCUGGACCGCAUCGUGGACAACUCAUUUUCCCCGUGUACCACGCGUCUGUUGCCCGACGAGGGUGGCCUCGCCAUGCAGACCGACGGUCGACCCGUAGAUGCCGUUUGGUCCGCACACCCGCGUCAACUGCUCAUUCUGCAGGAGCGUGCCCUGACGUUUGCAGACUUGCGACAACCACCCCGUCGUCGUCCUGGGGUGGUUCUCGAUUGGAUGGGUCCGAACGAGCGCUUUGUGGCAACGGCCGGGCAAUCAAAUGUUGGGCAAAGCGUUUUUGCCGCUGCGAGUACAUCCCACCUCUACUUGUUUGACGUGCGCUGGUGUCGAGAGCCCCUGCUUUGUGCUGGUCAUGAUCAUGACUCCAACCUCGCAGUUACUCCCGCUUGGACGGACGACGGAAGCACUUCCGACUUGGACGCAUGCAUGCUGUCAUCUAGCGCUGGGCGCUCCGCCUUUAUGUGGGACCAACUGCACGUGGCCGCUAGCUACGGCAAUGAGCCUGCACGCUGCCUUCAGUGGCGAGCUGCUGCCGCAAAUGUCGCGACCUUGGAUACUGCUGCUCCUGACUGUCGACCAGACUUUUAUGAUGACGUGCUUGGGCAGACCCUGGGCUCUGCUUGUCGACUCAUGCGUCCCAAGGGUCGCUACGGAUCCGACUGCCUCGAAAUGGCCGUGUUUGAUCUGUCCGCAACCGGCUUUCUCUUUGCCUCGCGGUUUUUGCAUGGCGACAACACGGCUCAUCAUCAGUACCGCCGAUCAUCCACCAAGGCGGUGCCCGUGGACGGCGACGACAUAGCCCUCGAUAGUCCUCAGGCCACCCCAACGCGAUCCCGCGAGUCCCGAGCCGCGGAAGCGCCCUGGCCCGUGCGCAUGUGGAGGCGGCUGAACAACGAGCUGAUUGCUGCCCGGUUGGAUGUGCGGCGUGCAGGCAUACCCACGGCCGCCGAGCCCGCCGCCCAACAACCAGUGGAAGACUGCACCAAGCUCUUCAAAUACUCAGUUGGAGGUGCCUUUUCACGUGAACGGGAAGUGGUCCGGUUGGAGGCAGCAACCCAUGUGCUGCAACAAGGCUAUGCGACCAGCAAUCAGGGGGCUAAUCAUGUGCCCAGUUCUGAUGCCCCUGUCGUUACGGCUGCUUCAGAGCCCGAGAAGGCCUUCUCUCCGCACCUGCAAAGCCUUGCAACACGCUUGCCACCCGUUGCCACGCCGCGUGAUUUAACAAGCUUGGCAGCAAUGUCGGAUAUUGAAGAGCUCCUGGAUGCACUGCCUGAACAUGUGAGCCGACCCAGUGCUGCUGCCGCAGCCAUUGACGAAGUGCAGCUUAUCAAAACAUCUCGGCUGCCGGCCUUGCUGAGCGUGGGGCGAGAAGCUCGGGUACAGGAUUUAGAUGCCUUUGCCGUGGUCUCCGAAGAUCUUGGCACGGACGAGCUUGGCACGGAGCAUGCACCGGCACGCCAUCCGGAGCUCUCUGAUCGCGCCCGUGCGUUGUUGUCACAUUUUAUCCUUGAUGAUGAUUCACCCCCUGUCGCCCAUCAGGCGCCGGUGAUUGCGCCCUCACCAGUGGCAGCGGGCUCGCGACACAGUCGUCGGCACAUUGGCCGACGACCUCCGCUGGCUGCAUCCUCCUUGGGCUCGGUGGCUCAGACUGCCACUCCUGUCGCCAGCGAGGCCUUGAUCGACAUGGCACAUGGGCUCUCCGGCUCGCAGGAAGUGGUUGUGCAGCCCACCCGAGCUGUGCUUGGCUCACAAAAAAGAUCGGUCCGGACGGCAACGCGGCGACGCAAGCGCGCCAAGGUGGGCGGGUUUGGCUAA